AUGUCUGAAGACGUCGAAUACAACUUUAAAAUAAUCCUCGUAGGUGAAGGUGGUGUAGGCAAAAGCAGCCUCAUAAGACGAUACAUACACAAUCAAUUCGACUUCAAUAAUCCUAUGACUAUCGGUGUAGAUAGUGAAAUGAAAAGAUUGACCCUUGACGGACACUCUGUUAUGCUUCAUUUAUGAGAUACAGCUGGACAAGAGAAAUUUGGGUCUUUAACGUCGCAAUUUAUAAGGGGAAGUCACGCAGCAGUGCUAGUCUAUGACAUUACAAAUCAAAAGUCUUUUCAAAACUUAUUUAGAAGGUGAAUUGAUAAGGUAAGAGAAUGAGGCACGAAUAAUAUGGUCUAUAUGCUGAUAGGAAACAAAGCAGAUGAAGAGGAGAAGAGACAAGUCACACAAGAGUUAGCAGUAAAUAAAGCCAAGGAAAAUAAUAUGCUUUUCUUGGAAACUUCCUGCAUGAAUUGCUUUAAUGUGGAAAAAGCUUUCCAAGAAAUCAUUGGACAAAUGUGGAAUAAAAAUAGAAUAGGCAGCCAAAAUUUAAACAGUGUCAUAUUGGGCCCAAGGAGAGGGAUUCAAGCUUUGGAUACUGAAGAAAUUCCAAAGAAGCCUAAGAGAAGAUGGUGCUAA